GAGCACGAACGAACACAUUCCUCGACGCGGCAUCGAUCCCUACGUUUGUCUAUCUGCUCGGAGUCGACGUCUUUUUCUUCACGAAACGGGCACACACGGCACAAUUAUACUUGUCUCCACACCAGGUCAUAAUGCUGCGUCGACCCGGAGCCCUUGGAUUCCCUUGGAUUCGCUGUUAUCACUUCAAGAGCUUUGUCAGGACUCGACUUGCGCCAUCCACUGUCCGCCGGUGUGCCGGCGCGAUGUCAUUCGUAACAGGAAAUCGCGAUGACCAAGAUAACUGCAAGAUAAGCUUACUAGUAGGAUAAGUAGUUGCCAGUGGCGCCGGCGCAGGGUGACGGUGCAUAUAUUGGGAUGGCGUGAACGAUAUACACCUACUUACCCACGUCGACGACUCGGACGCGACUCGGACAGGCUACUCUGCAUAUACCCCAAACUCGUCGCAAGUCAAUUCGGAAGUUACGGCGAUGGCCACACUAAGCGAUACUACGACCUUGUUCAGUGUGCAGGGACAGGUGGCAGUUGUCACGGGCGGCGCUACAGGGAUCGGGCUGAUGAUUGCCGCCGCUCUGGAGAACAACGGUGCGAUUGUGUACAUCGUUGGGCGUAGGAAGGAAGCUCUCGAGAAGGCGGCCAAGGAGCGUUCCAAACACGGGAAUAUCAUCCCCAUUCAGGGCGACAUCUCCUCUAAGGACUCUCUGAAGUCGGUCGCGGAGACGAUCAAGCAGAAGCACGGCUACAUCAACCUGCUCGUCAACAACGCAGGCGUGCUCCUCGCGCCGCAGCCCAAACUGCCGACGCCCGCCGACACCGGGAACGACAUCACCAAACUCCAAGAGAUCCUUUGGAACACGGAGACGCCCGAGACGUUCCGCACGACGUUCGACGUGAACGUUGCGGGCGUGUGGUUCACGACGCUCGCGUUCCUCGAGCUCCUGCAUGAGGGCAACAAGCGCUCGCUCGCGCCGGGCGGGUCGGGCGUGAGCUCCCAGGUCAUCACGAUCAGCAGCCUCGCGGCCCUGAGGAGGGACAGCGGAAUCUUCAGCCUGAGCUAUACGGUCAGCAAGGCAGCGGUGCUGCACUUGGGCAAGUUGAUGGCACACUACUUGAAAGACUGGAAGAUCAGGAGCAACAUCAUCAACCCGGGACUCUACCCCUCAGAGAUGGCAGAUGGUUUCAUUAGCGAGGACGCAAUCAAGGCGACCAUCCCGGUUGGUCGUGCGGGAUCGACGGACGAUAUGGCAGGCCUCGUCAUCUUCCUUGCGAGCAAGGCCGGGUCUUACAUCGACGGAGGCGUCCAUCUCACUGACGGAGGCAGGCUCUUAAGCAUGCCCUCCGUAUUUUAGUCACUGCAAAUGUAAUAAUGUCAGAUCACAGUAGACACAUUCUGUCAUCGGUGUUCAGUAGAGCAAAUUGACGCGGUGGAGACGCAUUGCCCGCUGACUGCUCGGCACCGUUGAUUCCAUCGAUCGCCAUGGUAGGCUUCUGUGCCUA